CCUUCUUCUUUCUUCCUCGCGCCGCUCCAAUCACAAUUUUGGCCGCCAUUGCGGCUGCUACCGCGGCUACGCAAUUUUCACGCCGCUAUGGCCUCCAGCAUCGCGGCCAACCACCGAUCCGCCACGCUACGCAGCAAUCGCGCGCUAUUGACAACCCUGGUUUGAAUGCAUGUAGAACAAAUUUGUUAAUUUAUUUAUUCAUUUCUCAAUCUGCUCAUAUUUCAACGACGUUGGGGUACCGAAUCAAUGAUGUUGAUGUAAAAUUGCUAGAUGGUUCCUGAAAGAAAGUUUGGGCAAAUAUGAUUAUUUACUAGGAUUAAGAAAGAAGCAAAGAAACUGUUUGAUGGGUUACAUUCGUUGUUUCUUCUGUCAUUUUUCUUAUUUCUUUCCACGAGUUUCUAUUUCCAUUGCAUUUUCACCCAAUUUUCUAUUGUAAUUUUCACACCUAUAAACUGUUUGAUGAAAUGCCUCACUGAACUUUCCUCUUCCUAUGAGAAGCUUUUCUAAACGUUUUUAAUCUAAGUAGAGCAAAGCACAGUUUGAAAUUUAUGCAUUGGUUUUAUCCCAAUGAGGAUAGUGUGUUAUUGGUUUUAUCCCAAUGCAUUGGUGUCCAUGGCAGGUGUUUUCUGAAUUCAAUGGUUGGUGCUAUGCUUUUUUUCUCAACAAUAACAUGUCUCUCUUCCAUCUUUCACUAUUCCAUUCAUGGAUUCAACUACUCUUCACAAGGAACCCAACUUUUUGUCUUACAAAUCAAUUUUUUAGACCUUUCUCAUCCCAAAAAUUGCCACCCAGAAGAGCAAACAAAGAGUUAGCUAAUGCUCUAAGAAUCCUUAACCUUGUAUCUCCCAAAAAGAGUGCCUCUGAUAUUGAGAAUCGUCGAAGCCAUCUUAGGCUCAUUGAGGACAUGCUGGAAAACAGUGUAAUCAAUCAUGUGGGUAGCAAUUUAGCUACUUUGAAAACUACUACUGAAAUGUCUUCUGUUAUGGAACAAGAGUUGGGAGUUGAUGUGUGCUUCUUGUCCCAUGCUGUGAGCUCAUGUGGGUCCAAGCGUGACCUUAAUGGCGGUGUUCAAUAUCACUGCUUAGCAAUAACAACUGGGUUCAUUGCAAAUGUUUAUGUUGGGAGUUCCUUGAUAAGCUUGUACAGUAGGUGUGCUUUGUCGGGUGAUGCAUACCGUGUGUUUGAAGAAAUGCCUGAGAGAAAUGUUGUUUCAUGGACCGCGAUUAUUGCUGGGUUUGCGCAAGAAUGGCGUGUUGACAUGUGUUUGGAGCUUUUCCAUUUGAUGAGGGGUUCAGAAAUGAAACCAAAUUAUUUUACAUACACGAGUCUUCUGAGUGCUUGUAUGGGUAGUGGUGCACUUGGCUAUGGAAGAGGUGCUCAUUGUCAAAUAAUUCAAAUGGGUUUUCAUUCUUAUCUCCAUGUUGACAAUGCUCUCAUUGCCAUGUAUUCUAAAUGUGGGGUAAUUGAUGAUGCCUUGUACAUAUUUGAAAAUAUGGUGGGCAGAGAUGUUGUCACAUGGAACUCCAUGAUUGCUGGGUAUGCCCAGCAUGGGCUUGCACAGGAGGCAAUUAGUCUCUUUGAAGAGAUGAUAAAGCAAGGGGUUGAUCCUGAUGCUGUUACUUACCUUAGCCUCUUAUCCUCGUGCCGACAUGGAGGUCUUGUCAAAGAAGGUCAAGUUUACUUCAAUUCUAUGGUUGAGCAUGGUGUGCAGCCAAAACUUGAUCAUUAUUCUUGCAUUGUAGAUCUUCUAGGUAGGGCUGGUUUGAUUCGAGAGGCUCGUGAUUUCAUUGAAAACAUGCCUGUAUGUCCUAAUGCUGUAAUAUGGGGUUCACUACUCUCUUCCUCUAGGCUUCAUGGGAAUGUUUGGAUUGGAAUUGAAGCAGCAGAAAGCAGGUUAUUGUUGGAACCCGGUUGCUCUGCAACGCUUCAACAGCUGGCGAAUCUGUAUGCAAGUGUAGGUUGGUGGAAUCAGGUAGCACGAGUGCGGAAAUUAAUGAAAGACAAAGGUCUAAAACCAAAUCCUGGAAGUAGUUGGAUUGAAGUCAAAAGCAAAGUCCAUAGAUUUGAAGCACAGGAUAAGUCAAAUAGAAGAAUGAGUGACAUUCUUUUGGUAAUAGAUAGCCUGGUAGACCACAUGAGUAGCUUAAGCCUUCAGUCUCACAUGUAUGAGGAGGAAAAUAUUUGAUUUUCGCACAUGAGUAGCUAACUCGAAUAUCAGUGAUUUCUAGCAAUGACAUGCAGACUUGGCAUGGGCAGGAACAAAUAAAAUACAUUGUCUGAUCAGUGACAUGUUCAUGGGUGAUUGAAAAUUCAAGAAACAAUGCAAGCAAUGUGGCUUGCGUGAAAUUUGACAUUUGUUGAAAGUAUGCCAAUGCUUCUUGUU